CAGCCGAGAUGGACUGGACAAUGAAACAGGAACGGAAUCAGUUGUUAGCCACCGACGAGACAGACAUCGGCGGAGGAACAGAGAGGGACACGAAGAUGUCCCUUGCAGAUUCAGUGCUCACCAGAUGGGCUGCCUCUCGGGCACGAGCUUCUUUGGGAUUAUGUCACGGAGGAAGACCAGUGCAGACACACACUUUCCCCCCCUCCCAAUAAUCUUUGAAUCUUCGGAAAUGGAAUUUGCUUAAUGCCCCAGCUGGAGCUGUGAUCGGGCUUACUUUCUUUCAGAAACAAUCAUUGCUCAGGCACAGAGCGAGAGAACCUUGUGCGGCUGGAUUUGUUUGCUCGACGUGCGCAGAGUAGCUGUCACAUUGCAUACAGCGGACACCUUUGCUGGGCACCGGGUGGGCAGGGCAAUGGUUACACCCACGUUUUUGGAAUGCUUUGGUAGAAGCCGAUCCCGGCAGGAGAGGCAGCAGGAGCACCGGCAGCAGCCACGUCCCUCUCAAAGACCCCAGCACAAUAGGAGGCAUUGCCACAAGUGGUGUCACCACCUGAUGAGGCCUUUGGAACCAGUCCGAUGCUAUCCAGAAGCUCAGCCCCGUGUGCAUCACUUCCCUCGAAUCAAUGGACACCCCAAGCUGGACAGGCACCGCGAGCACCCCCCUGGCUAUGACAGCUCUUCCACCAUGAUGAGCAGUGAGUUGGAAUCCAGCAGCUUCAUUGACUCUGAUGACGACGAUAAUACGAGCAGGUUGAGUAGCUCUACUGAGCAAAGUACGUCAUCCCGGCUGAUCCGGAAGCAUAAACGCAGGAGGAGGAAACAAAGGAUGCGGCAGAUUGACAGGUCAUCCUCCUUUAGCAGCAUCACAGAUUCCACCAUGUCUCUAAACAUCAUCACCGUCACGCUCAACAUGGAAAAAUAUAAUUUCUUGGGGAUCAGCAUUGUAGGACAGAGCAACGACCGGGGAGACGGCGGGAUUUACAUUGGCUCUAUUAUGAAAGGAGGGGCCGUGGCAGCAGAUGGCCGUAUUGAACCGGGAGACAUGCUUCUACAGGUGAAUGACGUCAACUUUGAGAACAUGAGCAAUGACGAUGCAGUACGGGUUUUGCGGGAAAUAGUCUCCAAGCCUGGACCUAUCAGCCUAACAGUGGCCAAAUGCUGGGACCCCACACCCAGGAGUUACUUCACUAUCCCCAGGGCUGAACCAGUGAGGCCAAUCGACCCUGCAGCGUGGAUCUCUCAUACCACAGCCAUGACGGGAGCAUACCCCCGUUACGGUAUGAGCCCCUCCAUGAGCACCAUCACAUCUACCAGCUCCUCACUAACAAGCUCAAUUCCCGAUUCGGAAAAAUUAGAAGAAUCUCCCUUAACUGUGAAGAGCGACAUGGCCACUAUCGUCAAGGUUAUGCAGUUACCUGACUCAGGCCUCGAAAUCCGAGACAGGAUGUGGUUGAAAAUUACCAUCUCCAAUGCAGUAAUAGGGGCAGAUGUGGUUGACUGGCUUUACACGCACGUGGAGGGCUUCAAAGACCGACGAGAGGCUAGAAAAUACGCCAGCAGCAUGUUAAAACAUGGCUACCUCAGGCACACUGUGAACAAAAUCACCUUCUCGGAGCAGUGCUAUUACGUCUUUGGGGACCUCUGUGGCAAUAUGGCUGCCUUGAACCUCAACAACGGGUCAAGCGGAGCCUCAGAUCAGGACACUCUUGCUCCACUCCCACAUCCUGCUGCACCUUGGCCAUUAGGCCAAGGGUAUCCCUAUCAGUACCCACUCCCUGCUCCAUGUUUCCCACCAGCAUACCAGGACCCGGGCUUCAGCUAUGGCAGUGGUAGUGCGGGUAGCCAGCAAAGUGAAGGAAGCAAGAGCAGCGGCUCCAACCGAAGCAACAGCGAGAACAGCAGGAGGGCUCUCGGCAGGGAGAAGGACCGCAAGUCAGCCGGCAGCGGCAGCGAAUCUGACCACACGGCCCGCAGCGGAGGGGGAGCCAGCGGUGUGCGGCGCGAACGGCCCGUCAGCCAGCUCAGCCACCGGAGUCACGCCUCUGCCGCCCACAGCGAGCGAAGCCACCACAGCCACCAUUCGUACGGGCCUCCAGGAGUGCCCCCCCUCUACAACCUGCCAAAGCUCGGCUCCAAAGUCUACGGGACGAGCGGACCCCCCGGAGGGCCUCCCGUCAGAGAACUGAGCUCCGUGCCUCCAGAGCUGACGGGGAGCCGGCAGUCCUUCCAGAAGGCUAUGGGCAACCCUUGUGAAUUCUUCGUUGACAUCAUGUGAGAGGAAGUGCCUUCAGACUCUACUUUUCAGGGGGAGGGGGUUUGGUUUUUUUCGGUUGGGUUUUUUUGGUCGUUGUCAAACACUUUCAGAAAGAAACCUAGGAUGUCUUGCAUGUAACACCUCCCUGACUCGCCAUCGUGUUGCAAAAAAGAAAAAACAACCCCACAAAACAAAACAAAAAAACCCAACAAAAAACAAAAUGAAAAAUCAAACAAAAAAAAAAUCUCCUGGGAUUGUUAAAUAUCUGCAAAUCAGUAGUAUCUUUUCUUUCCUCUUUCUCUCUCUUUUUUUUUUCCCCCCUCCUUCCCUUAUUUUUUUGAUUGUGAGCGACUCACUGGUGUAUAUUCACAUUCUAAUGAGCUUUGGUAAUUGUGGCACCAACUUCCAGUGCAAUUUAGUGUCUACUUGGUUGAUUCAAGGAAUAUUAUUUCAUAUCACUUCUGAAUUUCCAGCAAUGCAUAGGAGCACCUUUAUUUUAUUUUAUUUUUCCUCUCCCUCUACUGGAAACAGUGGCUACCGGCUCUUAUGGUUCAUUUCCCUAUGAUAUCUCUCCGUUUAAUAUAUCAACUCCACAAGCAGCUGUGACACCUGAACGUGUGUGGGUAGUGUGCCCUUGCAAAGGGAACAGGCUUGCAGCCAGUUCCCGGCACUAGGCAAAGAUGUGACCGGAGAUAAAGCCUUAUCUUCCUCCGCUGACCAAGGAGUAUAAUUGUCUUUCACCUUGUUGAGUCUCUCCCAUCCCGGGGAACGGUGGAUCCUGCUACUUUGCGUCUUCACUGCGUGGAUCAACUAUGCUGUCAUUUAAUUUAAUGUCCUGGUGGUGACCCUAGAGCUGCGGGCUGUCAACAGGCAUUUCAGUGUCCCCUCUGCUAACAGGCAUAUCCGUUCUUGUCGAGCUGUAACGUGCACUUCUUGCUUUAAAAGUUCUUUCCACAGAAAUGGGACGGUUGCCGCUAGCUGGUUACGCUGGCAUAGAUGCAGCAUUUUUCAGGGGAGAGUCGUCAUGUUCCAGAGGAGGUAAGGAGGGACCGUAGCGGUGCUGCUAAUUGUGAUGGCUCCCUUUUCUUCUUUGAUUCUGAAAAAGAUCUGCCUUCCUUUCUCCCUUCCCUGCUUCUCCUUUACAGUGAAAAUAAAGCCCGGAUUUGGCCUUUUCCAAUGGCAGCAUCUCCAAGCAGCCAGGUUCUGGCAGGGCCAGCGAGGGAAACAUUGUUGGAACAGCAUGCAAACAAUAAAAUGAACGGUUAUUUGUAUGCGACACAUAGCAAAACCUGUGCUAAGGAUCCCUUAUCACUAGGCAGCGUUGUCUUUGUCGACUGCUCUUGUUUAUCCCCCAACGUUUCAGCCCUCUGUUUGACUUCCAGUUGAACCCCGCCUUUUCUAGCAAGCUGCUCCUGAUGGUUUCUAGGAUAGAUGCUUCAGAUCAGACUUCCCCCUGCACAUCGAAGGCUUUCCCCAAGUAAGAAGGUCCCUCUUGCCGCGUUUUUUUACGUUGUCGGUAUCGGUGCAUAGUCAGCAAGUCGGAGGAGAGCGCCUGCUGCUGUCUACGGCUGUCACGACAUUUUCCCUUGUUACCCUGAUGCAGCACUUGGGGUGUCAUUCAGCCAAGUGUGGCUUCCCCUGGGUCUUGGCUUGUUUGCUUUUGCUUUUUGUGGGUUUUCUCUGUGCAUUUGUAAAAGAAGAGAGGUGACGCUUGCAAAAGAUCCCAAAUCACUUUGAGGCCAAAGUUGGUUAAACAGUGCAUUGGGCGUUUGGAUCCUAAGCCCCACUGAACCAAGGGCCAAUGCCGCAUUCAUAUAUAUAAGACUUUGAGCCGGGUCAUGCUCCACCUAUUGGGUACCCAAGUAUGAUCCUAUUCUCCCUGCUCAAGUCCCUGCUAGUAGAGAAGUUGGGCAGGUCCUCCUCCUCACUGCUUUGGUGGGACUUAGGUUUGAGGCUGAGAUGACGUUGUGUUGCAAAAGCAGAUGCAGUAGGAUUUUCAGGGUCUCUACAGGAUGCAGUAGGAUCUCCCAUAGGCACCUGGUAGGUGGAGUUCGAUCUGGCCCUUAGGCUUCAAAGUCAUUUGAAUGCUUUUGAGAAGUUACCUGGGAAGGUAACAUGUCUGGAAUUGCCACUUUCCUCACAACUCAUCAAAGCUGCUGACGGCCUCUGUGAAAUCAAAGGAAACUUUUGAAGACUUGAGCUGUGGAGCAGCCUCCUUUUCCUUUCUUUUUCCACUUGGAAAUGGCACAAACAUGAACUAAACGCUGAAUUCAGUUUGGCGAGAUCAGACUUGAAAGCAAUCAAAGAAAUCAGGGUCAGUCAUCCCUUGCGUUGGAUGCACCCCCAGCAGGCACUGGAAAGGAGGCUGUGGCUUUAAUGACAAUCUCUAGCGGUUCUGCCUUUAAGCCAGUUGUUAUUUCUCCAUUCCCUAAUUUAUUAUCAUUAUCUUUUUCAAUUUGGCCUUUUCUUAGGGAAAAAAUAUGGGGGCAGAUAGACGAGAAUUGUGAUACUCCUCUGAAGGGGUAGUUAGAAGAGAAUGAUCAGGACCGGGCUUUCAUCCAGGAAGCCGAACGUAUUAAAUGUCCAUGUCAGGAGUUGCAGUUUAGAUACUUGCUGUUGGUGGGGUGGGAGGCGUAUUUUUGGUUCUUUUUCCUUCUUUUCCUUUCUUUUUUCUGUUGUCGUUGUAGUACGUGCUGUUGGCAGAAAAACUGUUAUGUGUCUUGUUGGCCUUUGCUGCUACGUUGAAAAGAUUGUGUUAUGUAUUACUGUGUGGGAGGGGGGUAUCUCUGGAAGGAGGCUGAUGCAGCCCAUACUGCAGGCAUGGGAAGGUAUUCAUCUGCUGAGGGAUAUUUAAGCUCCCAAGCUCUCUUCUGGUUGUGAGUUAGAAAUCAACCCGGUUCUGAUCAACUUGGCUCCAGCUGAGACCAUGCACGCAGGGUCUGCUUGGCACCGCACGUGCUGGCAGACACACAGGUUACUGAAUAGCACGUAGAAAUUCUCUUCGCUGGAGACCAGCGGGAGAACAUAGACACACAUUUGAUGAACAGUGCAAUAUGUAAUGGCCACGGUGUAUAGUACACAGGGCCUGACUCUCCUCACCUUACCCUGAUAUAAAGCAGAUUAUCUCCACUGAAGUCAGUGCACGUGCCAAUGCAUGUCAAGCACGAAUGAGGCCCGUGAAGUCACUUAACUUCCGUGAAGGAUGAGAGAGGAUCUCUCUCAAAUCCUUCCAAUGCCUUUAAACGCAGACCAGUUGAUCUGUGCCGUUCGGGGGCCUUGCAAACUGGGCAGGCGGGCGCUGCGGAUGCGAGGAGGCUACUUGCCGUAGUAAGUUCUGUGAAAGGUGGGAACACUGUGAACAGAUGGGGCCUUUCCGGGAACAUCUCCUUCUUAGCAGGACUCGCUGUAAUGUGCUCCCUUCAGGUCAGGGGGCUGGUGCUAGCCCGACUCCAGGAAUGUAUCUUGACCUGUCCUGCUCUGCUGCAGUGGGACGUAACAGGCUUGCCUUUCAAGGCACUUGCAGGUGUGACACCAAAAGGGCUUCACAGGGCAAGCUGACCUCAUAACAGGAGCCUUAAAGAGAGGAGAAGCUUUUUAAUCCCGGAAAGGAGAGCUAAGAAAAUCUGUCUGUGGACUGCCACUGGACUCACGCUGUUGUUCCUUCCUUGGUGCCAGCAGCAGUGACUAAAGACAAGGGUGCACUUUGUGGCCUAGAAAACAUGCAUGUGCUAAGGGUUUGGGGUGAUGCCUCCUACUUGAAUGUCAGGGUAAUGCACCCACCUAAUGUAUUAACUUUCUAAGGAAUAAGUUAUUGGCAAAUGGUAUUUUAUAGUCUUAAAGGCACCGCUGCUGUCUUUUGACCUUCUGUUAUCACAUUUGCUUUUCAAAGGAAAUAGUCCCUGGACACUUUAUCCAAAGGCAUAUUGGAUUGCAAACAAUGAUGCACAGGCAUUGACUUUUGAUAUAUAUAUAUAUUUUUUUUUUUGUUCUUGUCAAAUUGACGGUCCCAUCUUGAGACUGACAGCUGAUGAGUUGAUGUAACUGUUUUUGUUUUGCAUUUAACUGGAUUGUAAUAAGAUUGACUUUAAAAAAUUAUUAAUUCUAAUCAGUGAUUAGAAAUAUGUGUAAAGAAUUUAUGUACAGUAGAGGGGGGGGGAAAAAGUAAAGCGAUUUUAAAUAAUGAAAACCCAGACUAUCACCUAUUCUAGAAUUGGUUCUACUCAAAGAGUGACCUUUUACUAGCAUGGACUGCACUGUUCCUGUUAAAUGUCUAUUGCAUAAUUGAAUUCUUUUUUUUGUAGAUAUUGUAUUAAAGCCCAAGUGUCUGUAUAGUUAAUAUAUAGCUGCUUAUGUGUAAAUGCUAUUUUAAACACUAAAAAGCUUUUAAUUUUAUGUGA